CCGGCGGCCCCUGCGCUCCCGGGCGGCAAGAUGGUGGCGCGCCGUAGGAAGCGCGCGGCGCGGGACUCUGAGGACCGAAUCCCGAGCCCUCCCGGCUAUGCAGCUAUUCCAAUCAAGUUUUCCGAAAAGCAGCAGGCUUCUCACUACCUGUAUGUGAGAGCACACAGCGUUCGAGAAGGCACCAGGUCCACCUGGCCUCAGAAGAGGACUCUUUUUGUCCUCAAUGUGCCCCCAUACUGUACAGAGGAGUGCCUGUCCCGCCUCCUGUCCUCCUGUGGCCCUGUCCAGUCUGUGCAGUUGCAGGAGAAUCCGGACCCCGCCGAGAGCCCGAAGGAGCCAGGGUCGAAGUUUUUUCAUCCCCAGCCAGUUCCGGGGUUCCAGGUAGCCUACGUGGUGUUCCAGAAGCCACAUGGGGUGUCAGCUGCCUUGGCCCUGAAGGGCCCCCUGCUGGUGUCCACAGAGAGCCACCCUGUGAAGAGUGGCAUUCACAAGUGGAUCCGUGACUACGCAGACUCACUGCCCGACCCUGAGGCCCUGAGGGUGGAGGUGGACACCUUCAUGGAGGCAUAUGACCAGAAGAUCACUGAGGAAGAAGCUAAGGCCAAGGAGGAAGAGGGGGUCCCUGACGAGGAAGGCUGGGUGAAGGUGACCCGCCGCGGCCGGAGACCUGUGCUACCCCGGACGGAAGCAGCCAGCCUUCGGGUGCUGGAGAGAGAGAGACAAAAGCGCGCCCGGAAGGAGCUGCUCAACUUCUACGCCUGGCAGCACCGCGAGAGCAAGAUGGAACAUCUAGCACAGCUGCGCAAGAAGUUCGAGGAGGACAAGCAGAGGAUCGAGCUGCUUCGGGCCCAGCGCAAAUUCCGACCUUACUGAGCUGGGAGAGCCACACCAAAAAGGAACUUGAGGCAAGGUGGGCCCCAGGUUGAGGGCCACAGUGUCCAACAGCCCCAGUCACAGGCCACACGGCUGGGAGUGAAGGACCGUGCCACCCCUCAGGUCUUGUGCUUCAGCAGUCCUGGGGCGUGCCCAGAGGAGGAUUUGCCCCUUCUGCCUCCAUACCCUCCUCUCAAGGACCCUUCUCCCCUUAACCUCAAUGGAAAUGCCCCUGCUGGCAGCGAAACAGCCUCAAAAGCAGUGAGAA